AUGGAUGUGAAGCCAUUUGCGUCAGUGACAGCCGCCGUUCCUGCACAUUGCAGAGGGAGAUUCCGUGCAGCACGACCAUUUCUGGGAGAAGCCAAAGCUGGACACGGUCUGUACCGUGGUUCAUCAUUUGUUGUGGUCCUGUCUCUGGUGAAAUUGGUGAACAACCGGCGGACAUCUUGCAGAGCUACCCGCGACAUCAAUGGCAUGUCUGAUCUCGUCGAGCGAGGCUACGACGGGUUUCUGCUGGACCAGUACGGAGUUCUCCAUGACGGAAGGGAGCUGCUCCCGGAUGUCAAAGAAUGCUUGGACCAGCUUCAACGACGAAGCAUUCCCAUGGCGAUCGUAUCGAACUCGCCCUGCGAAUCUGCCAGGGCCGCCUUGCGCUUGGAGCGCAUUGGCUUGAUGAACGAAUACUUUCAGAGCCUGGUGACAAGCGGUGACCAAGCCAAACGGUACCUGGAAAAGCUGAUCAGCGAGGCUGCGCCAGUGAGGUUGAGCUGUCUUUUCAUCUCGCACGCAGAUCACGUGGAGCGUGGCACGUGGUCACCGGAAGAGCUGCGUUCAAUGGGCCUUGAACUUGUCGCAAGUGUCGACGAAUGCGAUUUUGUUUUGGCAAACGGCGUGCAGGUGUGCUACAAGGGAACACUGUCGGAAGUUGAAUCAGACUACGAAUCCGACGCGAAUAAAGAAUCAUCCGACGUUGCACGUCACACAACUAUGGGACAAGAGAUCACAAGAUUCGGCGAUGAGUGUAACUGCUUUGUGGGCUCAGAGCCAGAUCGAGAGCCUGCCCAGACUCCGAGGACAGUGGACCCCGUGGCGAAUUUGGUCACCAAGGAGUUUCCGAAAACCGUUUUGACGCCGCCGCCUCCAACUUCCACCAAGUCGCAUCAGGAGACUCUGCAAGGUAUUGAGGAGCAGCUCAUGCAGAUACAGAAGUCGGGCUUCCAUGUGCCAAUGAUCUUCUUGUGCGUUGCAGGGUCAUCCAAUCCACAGGCUGUACAGUCCGUACAGGUUCCAGAGGUGAUCGCCGAACGCUGGAUCCGAGUGGUUCGCCUCAUGUUGGAGCUGCAGCAGCCCAUUUACGGCAUGGCAACGGGCACCAUGAGCCCUUUCGGCAUCAUGCUGCUUGAGGCAUGCGAUUGUGUCCUCGCCGACACUGUGCAGGAAGGAGUGCACGCAAACAGAAUUCUCAAGCCGUUGGAGAUGGCACUUGUCUGCAAGGUUGCAGCAGAAGAAGCGGAGUCUAUGAACGAUGCUCAGCUCGUGGAGCACAAAGCCAAGUUUGUGCGUGACAAGCUGUAUGCCUACAAUGUGAAUCCAUGGAUGAGUGCUGAGGAGGAGGAAGGCUUCUUCGUACCGCCGCCGCCACCGCCCGACCCGGAGCCGUACCAGGCCUCCGAGGAACCGCCAUCAGCCGAAAAGGCUCCUGCUCCUGCUCCUCUACCUGCGCCGGAGACGGCGAUCGCAAAGCCGAAGCCGGCCUCGUCGAAACCGAGCGCAGCAAGCCCACCCAGCCCUCCGGCUGCUCCUCCCCGGCCGGCAAGCGCCAAGCCGAAAGCGAGAGCCGAAGGCGCAUCCGGCGCCAUCAACUUCGAGGCCAUGCUGCUUGACUUGGAGGGUGCUGAAGAGGCAGCCUUCACUGCAGCUUUCCAGAGUCUGUCUGAUGGUCGGACAGCGCUACAACCUGACCACGAUCAGCUGAGAAGCUUCAUCUUGGUGAACAGCGGUAUCGGUGAACAAGACUUGGACACCGAGCUGCUGAAGAUCGCAUCUGCGAGGGAGGACUUUUGCAUAGACAUUCCGGGCUUCAUUGCCCUAUUGCGGGAACAUCCAGUGAGUGAUUCUGACACAUUGACACUGUUCAUGAACGUUUCCAAUGAUGGUGAGUCUAUGACAUCCGAGGACUGCCGGACAUGCCUGCUGGCAUUGGUGGCUAAGCUCCCAGAUGCACAUAUCCGGGAGGACCGGAUGGAGAAGAUCUUCGAUACGGUAAUGACAUCAGCAGACCUGUCUAUAUCCAUGGAGCAAUGGAUGGCCUUUGCAAAGACAACGGCGAGGAUCAUUCGAUUGAUGGCACAUGCAAAGAAACGCUAG